UCGCUGAGGACGAGAAAUCUGUGACGGACUCGCUUGGUUUGGCUGGGGUCCGGAGGCAGGAGAUCAGUGCGGAAGACGGGCAGGCACGGCCACGCCCACUCGCUGCCUGCCUUGCCGUCGCGUGUCUGCGUCGACCCGGGGAGGGAUCCAGCCGGGACCCGAAGCCUUUGCACGUGGGAACGCGGUAUUUGGAACGGGUUUCCCGAGAGAUGCGGUUCCUUCGGUUCUGGAGGAAGACCUGGGCGAGGAGGAGUGGCCUCCGCAGAGAGUACACGACGGGAGCUCUGCCCUCCCAAGUUGCCGAGCGCCUCGCAUUGUAUGAGAGGCUCAAAGCCACCUCAGACGAGUGCCAAGCUGAGCAAGCCCACCGGGAGAAGCGGCCAAUCUUGGUUUCCUUGCCAGACGGCCAAAGCCUCGAGGGCGAAUCCUGGACUAGCACCCCUUAUCAGCUGGCCCUGCAGAUCAGCCAGAGUUUGGCCAAGACUGUGGUAACGGCACGGGUGAACGGAAGCCUUUAUGACCUGGACCGUCCUCUGGAGGGUGAUGCCACCAUGGAGUUCCUAGGUUUUGAUUCGCGGGCCGGACAAGAGCUCUUCUGGCAUUCCAGCGCCCAUCUCCUGGGGGAGGCUGCUGAGCGCUUCUAUGGCGCCCUCCUGUGCCAUGGGCCCAGCACUGAACGGGGGUUCUUCUACGACAUCUACUUGGAUGGGGAACGGAAGGUGUCCAGCAAAGACCUCCCUGCACUGGAAGAGAUCUGCAAGGCCACCACUGCAGCCAAGGCCCCAUUUGAGCGGCUGGAGGUCUGCCGGGAGGAUCUGAUGGAGCUCUUCAAGCAUAACCGAUUCAAGCUGGAGAUCAUCAAGCAGCGGGUGAAGUCCCGGACGGCCACGGUGUACAGGUGUGGAACGUUAGUCGACCUCUGCCAGGGGCCCCACCUCCGGCACAGCGGGGAGAUCCGAGCCCUGAAACUCACAAAGAGCGCUGCCUGCUCCUGGCAGGGAGAGCCCUCUGGAGAGUCCCUGCAGCGCAUUUACGGCAUCUCCUUCCCGAGCCCUCAGCAGCUGGCGGCAUGGGAACGUGCCCAGGAAGAAGCUGCCCAGCGGGACCACCGGCGCAUCGGAAAGGAUCAGGAGCUCUUUUUUUUCCACGAGCUGAGCCCUGGAAGCUGUUUCUUCCUCCCCAGAGGGACCCACAUCUACACCACCCUCGUGGACUUCAUCAAGAGCGAAUACCUGAAGCGUGGCUUUUCUGAAGUGAUCACCCCCAACAUUUUCAACGCAAAGCUCUGGGAGAUCUCUGGACACUGGGAGCACUACAGCGAGAACAUGUUUUCUUUCCGCGUGGAAGACCAGGUGUUCGCGCUCAAGCCCAUGAAUUGUCCCGGCCACUGCCUCAUGUUCGGCCACCGGCCCCGAUCCUGGAGAGAGCUGCCCCUCCGGCUAGCCGACUUCGGGGUGCUCCAUCGCAGCGAGGCCUCGGGGGCCCUGAUGGGGCUGACCCGUGUCCGUCGGUUCCAGCAGGAUGAUGCCCACAUCUUCUGCUCCAUGGAUCAGCUGGAGGGGGAGAUCCGAGGCUGCCUCGAUUUCCUGCAGGCGGUUUACUCCGUCUUUGGAUUCACCUUCCGCUUCUACCUCUCCACUCGCCCCGAGCACUUCCUCGGGGACCCUCCUCUCUGGGAUCAGGCCGAGCAGCUGCUGGAAAAGAGCCUCCGGGAUUUUGGCCAGCCGUGGGAACUCAACGCUGGGGACGGCGCCUUCUAUGGGCCCAAGGUGGACAUUCAGAUCCAGGACGCCCUGGGGCGAUAUCACCAGUGUGCCACCAUUCAGCUGGAUUUCCAGAUGCCGCUCCGUUUUGACCUCUCCUACAGGGGCAGAGACGGUGGGGCCCCGGAGAGGCCGGUCCUGAUCCACCGGGCGGUGCUCGGCUCCGUAGAAAGGAUGCUGGCGGUCCUGGCGGAGAACUAUGGUGGCAAGUGGCCGUUCUGGCUGUCCCCCUCCCAGAUCAUGGUCAUUCCAGUCGGCCCAGACGCAGAGGCGUACGCUCGCGAGGUCCACCAUCUCUUCCAUGAGGCAGGAUUCAGGACUGACCUGGAUGCCGAUUCAGGAGCGACUCUCAACCGCAAAAUCCGAAGAGCCCAGCUGGCACAGUACAAUUUCCAGUUUGUGGUCGGCCAGAAGGAGAUGGCCCAACGCACCGUGAACGUCCGCAGCCGUGACAACCGCCAGCACGGCGAGAGAGAUUUGCAUGAGGUCCAGCACCGGCUCCGAGAACUCCGGGACGCGCGGGUCAGAAAUGUGGAGGAGCUCUUUUGAGCCAAAGGCGGUUUUCCUGCGGGGUGGUGGGGGUUCUUGGGCACAGGAGGGGCCCUCCAAGGCUUUCACGCUUCGUUCGGGGGGCCUAGUCCUCACCGAGGAGCACAAAGGCCGAGAAGCAGCCGCCCAGGAGCCCCACCUCCCUCGUUGCUGACUGUUCUGGAGAUGCCACCCUUGGUGGGUGGGUACAGUUUCCCGGAGCGCCUGGCAUUGCUCAGGGAUGAGUCGUCUGCUCAAAGGCAGUGCUGAACCACCUUCCAGGUGUUCUCGGAAGCCCUUGUACGCAGGGCCGGGCCUCACCCUGCCCACCCGCCCAGUUCACACCCUUUCUUUUCCUGGAUGCCUGCAAGGGGUUGCUACAAAACCCAGGCCCGACGGGUGGGAGGGUCAGCGCACCAGUUCCAGGUUAGCUCUGCAGCCGCUGGCAGGUCCCCACCAAGGCCCCUCCCUCCCCCACUCCUGGGGAUGCUUUGAUGCACCUGCUGAUAAGGGCGGGGCCCCAGAGAGGUCCAGGGAGUGACUCAGAGGAGGCCGGGGGGGGGGUGGGUCCUUCCCCCCAGCUGACUCAGAAGCUGUUGUCCCCCUGCUCCACUUAAGAGCUGGAAAGAGUUCCAGAAUAUGCAGGAAUGAAAACUUAGGGCUUGGGAGGGGGGACGGUGGUACGAUUUGAGCUUCCUUGCAAGCCCCCCCCCCCCCACACACCAACAAUUGGAAGGGAUAGGAUGCCUCCAGUGGCAGAAGAGAGGCUCCGCACGCCCGUGAACCCUCCACAAAGCAGAGCCUCCAUGCUCCGAGGCAGUCUGCCUCUGCGUACGGGGAGAGCUCCGCUUCGGGGAACAGGACGUGCUGGACAAACAGGAUGCCUGAGUGUGAUGCGGUGGCUUUUUCUAGUCUCCGGAAAACAGUUGGGACAGAAGAGGUGACUCGGUCGGUCGGUCAGCGAAGACUCAGUCAAACGUGAGCCCAGGUGUGGCCUCGGCUGGCUAUUCUUCUCCUUCGGAGGCUCAGAACGGCGCCCGGGGCUGAGCGGGGACCGGCCAGCUCUUAAGGGGCCGCUCGAGAACAGGCGCUGGGCUGGGGGGCAUGGCCCUUCCCGAACGCCUCCCGGAAGGCCGGCGUGUUUCAGGAGAGGCCUGGCACCAAUCCCAGCGAUGUCCUGCCUCCGAGAUGGGAGCUGCCCUUGGCAUGCGUCCCCCCACCCCCCGUGGCCUCUUGGGGGCUGGGGGUCUCCCGAGGGAGUGAGCUGGGCUCGGGGGGGCCAAAUGCCACUGGUUGAUGCCACAGUAGCCCAACUGUGUCCAAAACAGCCGUGGAACAAAUCCGGGGUCUGCCACUUCAGAGUGGAGGGAGCUUUUUGGGCACAGAGCUUGCCUUCCACCAAGCCCCCCUCCCUGCGUUUGGGACCCCUCCCCGAACCAGAGGCUAACCGGGUCCCCCAUCUGGGGCUGCUACUGACCCUUGUCUGACCCUCACCCUCUUUCUGCUAAAGUUCAGUCUGCCUGCCCUUGGGCAGAACAGCUGGCCGUCCAGGAAACUACCUGGGCCAAAGCGGGCAGACACAUGAGAGGCCACUGAAUAAUCGGUUGCCGACCAGGGUGCCAGUGACCAGCCCUUUUCUAGCAUUUUAUGCCUGUUUUCUUCUGUUGGGACAGAGUGCUUGCUUUGAUCGCAAGCCGGGUAAAGGGAAAAUAGGGAGUAUCACGUUUAGUCUGAUCAAGGAAAAGGCCGUUCAGAGGCUUCCUGGCCAGGCUCUCACAAUGCACCGGGCGCGGCUGCCGAAGGGCCCCGUUUGUGGAGUUUGCACCAGGUGCUGAGCCAUCCCCGACCCAAACGGCCUGCGUUCACAUAACUCGCCUGGCCAGAAGAGCGAAGCCACGUGAGGGUUUCAACCAAGCCAUUUGUGUCUUAGGAAUGCAGCCAUUGACUCGUUAAGACUGUGCGGCAGACCCUGCCUGGGGAAUUAUUAUGGGAUGUUCUCCAGUGGUCUCUCAGCUUGAUUCAAAAAUAAAAUGGGGGAAGGAGGGGCCAGAUUCCUAAAUGGGGCGAAAACACCGUCACCCGGCAUUUUGGAAAAGCCUGUCUGAAGCAUUUCUCGCAUGAAGGAGAAUGAAAUAAACUCUCUUAAAUCUG